GUCACCUGCCGAUAGCAAAGAUCGGGUCAGCUAGCUUGCAUUAUAUUCACCAAACUGUCGAUGAUUUGCCAUGACAGCUUGAAAGAGCCGAUACGGGCGGAUCCAAAGAGUGUAGACUGAUUUAUCGGUGUGUGCCGAGAAGAUGGACGAAGAUGUCCAGAAGUCCCUACUAGAUGUUCAUUUCUGUCUGGGUUGUCAUGGCACCAUAUUUGGUUUGGAUGCAUAUGUGGAACAUCGAAAGACACAGUGCCCCGCUAAGACUUCAUCUACUCCUACCAAAGACUCUUCAUCCCUUCUCCAACCUCCUGCUCCAAAUGGGAACAUUACAACACUGGGUAAACCCAACGGAGUGCUUUUGGAUAAUUUCCCUGAGCUGAACAAGUCUCUGGAAUACCAAACCCGUAUGCCUUCAGUGUCCCCGCACGCCCAUGAUGUAGAAGGUGAUGCCGAGCUCUCCAAUUGUCACAUGGUAUUAAGGAAAAAAAAUUCUGCCCUGAAGAUUCAGGAGCAGCCCGGGAGAGAUGAGCUGGAGAAGACAGAUAAUUUCUUCUUGUCUUUGGAGCUGCAAAGUAAGGCAGGACAGAAAUCCCCUGAUCCGGGCCAGGCUUUAGACUCAGCAGGUGACAAGGAACUGCCGAUAUCCAAUAUCCUGAGUAACCUGGAGUUCAGCAGUGAGGAGGAGGAGGGGGAGGAUGAAUCCUAUGAAGAGAAUGAGGAUGGAGAGUGGGUGCCUCCUCAGUCCCACACGGGGGGCAAGUGGCGUCCAGGUCAGAGGCCGCACAGACGAGCCUCCACCCUCACCCCAGCCACACGGGAGGCAAGUGGAGACCAGGAGAAUCACCGCCGGGCAAACGGAAGCGAGGAAGACUUAUGCUCAGCAUAUAGCAGCUGGGCACGAUUGGGAAACAGGGCUAGAACAGGACCCAGUGCUCGACUGCAGACCUCGGUCAACGCAAAAGAGAAAGCUGUGUCUGCACUUAACGAUGUUCAGUUUCCUGGUAAAGAAGGGGAGAAAUCUUUUGUUCAUGUGUGUACGGUUUGUGAUAAGAAAUAUCAGAACAAGUACAAUAUUGCCAGACAUAUAUUAACUCCACUUCACAAACGUCGAGCACAAAAUCACCCAGAUCAGUUUUAAAAUGAUACAAGACUAUUUAACACUCUGAUGUAUUUAAGUCCGUACCAGUGCAUGAUUUGUAGAUAUUACUUCAACACCCACGAACAUCAGUGUGCACAUGUGCAGACUGAGGAACAUAAAUCCAAAGUAGGUAAACUGUUCUGUCCAGUUAUGUGCUCAAUAUGUAAUUUCUGCACAGAUGACCGCAAAGAAGAGAUGAUAGCUCAUCUCAGAAGCCCACAGCACCUUGAAAACAUGAAAAAGUCACAAAAACCUUGUGUUAUUAAGAAGAAGAUUGACUGUCACCUUCGGUGUCCCUUUUGCAAGACGACGUGGAAGUCUUAUUACAUGUUGCGUCGUCACAUGGAGCAGAGACAUGCUGAUGGCCAAACUGCAACAGUCAUUUUCCAGAGGUCAUGGCCGUACCAGACCAAAGUGUCCAUUUUGUCUGACAGUUUGUCACUCUGUUGCAGCUUUAACAAUUCACGUGGACGACGGCACACGAAACAACGCCCUUUCAAGUGUACCAGCUGCAAUGCCACUUUCUGUGAUAAACAUUCCUUGUCGAUGCAUUUCAAGAGUGUGAGACACAAACGGAAAGCCAUGAAUCCUGCAGCCACAUCCCACAUUCGCUCAAGCCUUAGCAAACCCUCGGGCCCGCGGGGCUACAAGUCCCACAAGUGUCCACAGUGUGACUUUGUGGCUUCAAACUACCGAGCAUUACGUCCACAUUUCCUGAAGGUCCACAGUCGAGACAAGGUGUAUUGCUUCUCGUGCAAGCGUGAGUUUGUGAGCAGCAAAGGGUUAGAGAUUCACCAGAGAGCGACUGGGCACAGCAAUAACCCUGUGGCUGAGGGGAGUCCAGCAGCACUCAGAUGUAUGACAUGCAGGAAAAACCUUCCAAGACCCCAAGUGAGCGAAACAGACUUGUUUGAUAAGUUCAAAGGGCAAGACAAGACAAGCUUGCAUUACAGUGAUUUCUUGAGUCAGAUGGAGUGCUCAGGAAGAACCCAGGUUCUGCUCUGCCCUGAAGUGGACUGCGGUAAAAAGGUCAUCAAACAACACAUGAUUGAACACCUUCGUAUUCACACUAAUGACCGCAUUUUCCAGUGCCCAUACUGCGAACAGGGUUUCUAUUCCUCCAGUGUGCUAAAGAAGCAUGUCCAUAAGCACAUUGGUUUGACAUACAGAAAAUGUGAAACAUGUGGUCGAGAGUUUACUAAAGUCUCCACGUAUAAGAACCACCUCCUGACUCAUAACAAGGCUUUGCAAAAGCAGCAUGUCUGCAGCAUUUGUGGCAUGGCGUUCACGCUGCUAGAAUGCUUGCGCGUUCACGAGAGGCGCCAUGGCGAGAAGAUACACAAGUGCAUUCAUCCAGGAUGUCGUCAGAAGUUCGUGUUUAAGAGCGAGUUGACAGAACAUGCUCGCAUUCAUACUGGCGAGAAACCCUUUCUGUGCGAUUCGUGUGGUUAUAAGGCGAGGACAAAGAAUCACAUGCUGAGGCAUUCCAGGACGCACACAGGAGAGCGCAAGUACCAUUGCGAAUACUGUACUUACAAGGCAGGUAACAAAACUCACCUAAGGCGCCAUAUGCGCAUUCAUAUUGGCUCAAAGCCGUACAAGUGCCCCUACUGUAGCUACUGUUGCAAUACCCAUGAAAACAUUAGAAAACACAUUAUGAAGACUAAAAAGCAUGAGGGUUUGAAGAUUUACCCGUGUAAAUAUUGUUCAUUUGGAACAAAUGUUGCCAAAGAAUAUCGACACCAUCUGGAAGACUUUCAUUUGCAGCUGUUGAAGCAGGAGAACACCGAUGUGUUGUCUGUGGUGGCAGGUAUAUAUGACAAAGGUUGUGAUUUGUCUGAGCCUGCUGAGGGAAACCUCAUCCUCCCUGUGAAGGAGAGAAAACGCACCUCAAGGCGACCGAAGGCCAAACCGAUCUUGGUUAAAAUGUGGCAGUCCAAUGAGAAAGGUCCCAUUACCAACACAGAGAUGGUAGAGAAUGCGGAGGAAGAGCUGCGAAAUUCUCUGGCUGAGUCAUCCGUGAUACAGUAUUCUGGUUCUGAGGAUCGCUGGUACAGCCAGAGUGCUGCUGCAGCUGCUUACGUAUCAGCAGAGCACAAGGACCAAUCCUCGAGUCCUGUAAACUACUCCGACCCAAGGAGCCAUGAUUCCCUCUACGAUCAACCUCACACGACCACCACCUCUCCUACACCCAUACCCAGUUUCCGGAACUUCUCCACCCACCACCCAACUGUCUACAAUCACCCCUCCCAGUUUUACUGCUCCACUGUAUACAAGUACUCCACGCCUCAUCACGGGGUCUUCAUCCCCAGUAGUGCUGAUGGGUAUGUCCCCCAAACCACUGAAGCCAUCUUCCAUUCUGCCAGUGAGCCAGUGUACCAGGGAGAGCGUCAUUCCCCGUACACUGCCGGCCAUGGGAGACUGGAGGAACUGCAGGACAUGACUCGAAUGUCCGAGAGGACAAGUGCUGACCAGCCCACCACGACGAGUAUACCUAUGGUCACAAACUCUGUUGACAUAUACUGAAGUGCUAUUUUCUUCAUCGUUCUUAUCUCAUAAGGCUUACUUUAAUUGUAAAGUUUGAUCAUAUGAACUGUGUCCUGAUUAAGAAUUUUGCUUGAAGAAGAAAAUUUAUUAUUACAUUUUUAAAUGUUCUUAUUUUCUUUAAGAAAUCCAAGAAAACUGAUUUAUACAUAUAUGUACUUGUAUACCCGGAUAUAUACCUGAACAUUCAUUGGGAAUUCAAACUUUUUUCUGGUAUUUUAUUGAUACCCUGGUUAAUUUGACUAUACAUAUUUCAUUCUCAUUCGUCAUGUCCCUUUUAUUAAAAUUUUUGUGCACACUUUUUUUCUCCCUCUGCAUGUAAUUAAUCAUCAUUAUAUCCAAUAAUCCACACUUACAGUGUAUAUAUGAUUCACAUGGUUAUCUCUGGCUUUUAUGUUGUUCCUUGAGAAAUUUGUGAAAUCUGAUGCUUAUAUAGAAAAUCAUCUAUUCAUAGGCAUAUUUUAACAUCAAUUACAUGUAUAUGUUAUUUUUUUCAAACCCAUGCAAACGGUGACUGAAAUUUAGCAGAUGCAAAGGGAAAUGCAUCUUACAUAUUUCAUUUAGGAUAAGAAUUUAAAAUUUAAUUUGGAAUCAAGUGGAAAUUGUUUUUCAAUUACAUUUUUUUAUACAUUAUAAAUGUAUAGAGAAGAAAUGAUACUAAAAGCGUUCUUCAGCUUUGGUCUUGUCUAAAAAUGUUCAACUUUUCCUUGAUUUUAAGAUUGAAGGAAAGUGUAAGCUUCUAGAAGAGAAGUUUCAUGUAUGCAUGUUUUUGGAAAGGGUCUAAUUUUUAGCAACCUAAUAUUUCUGAACCGAAGAGGAGUAGAGCAAUUGGAAUUUCUGAAAAAUGAAUUUGAUGCUAGAUUAAGUAUCAUUCCAUGAAACAGAUUAUAAUACACAAGUGUAUGAUGUACUUCACUUAUAUUUUACUAAUUAGUAGUAUUUUGUGUACAAGCUUUGUUUUGCAGAUUAUGUUUUGUAUGUAUUGAGGAAACUGUUGAUUCUUUGUCAAGGGAAAUAGUAAUAUUAUAUUUCACUUAAAGUUUGGUAUGCAACAGUGCACUUUCAAAAGCACCUUUAAAAUUAUACCUUUGUUGCAAAGUUUUCAGUUUUUCUGAUAAAAAAUCAAACUUUACAAAAUUCUCUUAAGUGGCCAUGCAAGGUUGAUGAAUCCAUGAGAAUCAAGCAAAAUGUGUCAUUUGAAGUGCUUAACUUCAGGUGAGAUAAAGUAAUUCAAAUGAUUUGGAAGCAAUUCAAAUAUUUCAAAAUGCCCUUUGCUUGAAAUACCUGUAAUCUUGUUGAACAUAACAUCAUCAGUUUAGAUAUACAUGUACAUGUGGCAUAUUCUAUGGAUGCUUAUGCAGCCCCCUACCACGCUCCACCUCCCCAAAAACAUGUUUCAAAUCUGCCUUAUUCUUUGAAAAUCGGAAUAAAACAGAUUAAUUGGCUUUUUAGUCCAGUUUUCCACCCUAAUUGUUUUGCUCAGAAAAAUUUACAAGUUAAUACCUGUACAUGCACAAGUGCAUACUCAGCAGCAUGUGGGCUUCCUCUCAGGUCAUAUGUAGGAAGGUCUGUCAGCAACCUGCAGAUCUUUGUGGGUUUCCUCUGGGCUAUGUCCGAUUUCCUCCCAAAAUAAUGCUAGUCGCCUUCUCGUAGGGAAGUAUUCAUGAGAACAGCUGAAAUACCAGUCAAGAAAUUAAAUUAAUCAUACUCAAUGACUACAUUGGGGUCACACAUGGUAUAGGCUCAAACCUGGCUUCGACACAGAAUUUGUACAUUUCUGUGCCCUCAUUGUUCGUGGGGACACUAAGUGGACUCGGGGGGCUCAUUGGACAGUGUAACAUUCAGUGAAGACCUAUCAAUAUUCUGUGCAUAUCUACAUGUCAGUUUGGGCAACUUUGUCAGUAACUUGCGAAAAUUUGUAGUUUACCAGUUUUGCCCCACCCAUAAAACUGAUCGCCAUAGUAUAAGUUUAAAAGUUUGAUUACAGUGUAAACAACAAUCGCAUGAAUAAA